AGACGGAGGGCAACAUGACAGCUGUGAGCGGCACAGCAGAAGAUGCUUAAGAAAGAGCGUAACAGGAAGAAAGAGAAGGCUCUUCAAGGAGGGGAGGGUUUGAUCUAUAGCCAAGAGGUAGACCUCACCAGUAUUCCAGGUGGAUGGAAUAGCUUGAGCAAAGGCCCUGUGGCAGGUGAAGAAAGGGGUUUGGUGAGAGACUGCCAAGAGGCCUAUGGCUUUGGGGAAUCAGGCUGCGAAUGAGGAGGAGGACUGCAACGAAGGGAUGACGGCUGUCUGACAGGAGCCCAGCCCGCUUCGCUGCGUAGCCAUGAGAGCUGCCUACCUCUUCCUGCUAUUUCUGCCUGCAGGCCUGCUGGCUCAGGGCCAAUAUGACCUGGACCCACUGCCUCCGUUCCCGGACCACGUCCAGUAUACCCACUACAGUGACCAGAUUGACCACCCAGACUACUAUGAUUAUCAAGAAGCAACUCCUCGGCCCCCUGAGGAGCAGUUCCAGUCCCAGCAGCAAGUCCAACAGGAGGUCAUCGCAGCCCCCACCGUAGUACCAGGAAACGCAGAGACAGAGCCCACAGAGCCUGGGCCCCUUGACUGCCGUGAGGAGCAGUACCCAUGCACCCGCCUCUACUCCAUACACAAGCCUUGCAAACAGUGUCUCAACGAGGUCUGCUUCUACAGCCUUCGCCGAGUGUACGUCGUCAACAAGGAAAUCUGUAUCCGCACGGUUUGUGCCCACGAGGAGCUCCUCCGAGGACAUCCUCCAUCGCCAGGGCUGGGGAGGGGGCAGCAGUUCCCAUCGCCCUGCUCACCCCUGAUGCUAGCUGCUUCCUGCCCCACCACAGCUGACCUAUGUCGGGACAAGUUCUCCAAAUGUGGUGUGAUGGCCAGCAGUGGCCUGUGCCAAUCCGUGGCGGCCUCCUGUGCUAGAAGCUGCGGGGGCUGCUAGGGUGGAGCUAGCACCCUGAGCCCUGGACCGCCCCGGACCCUCCUUGGAUCUGGGGCCCUCAGGCCCUGCCUGAUCUGGUGCUUUUCUACCCAGCCUGACAUCCCUUUUAUUCUGUAAAAAGUUAGUGGACUGUGGCCCUGGGCGUUGUCUCAGGGCCCUCCUCCAGGCUGUGGCCACCCCUGGGGCAGAACGGGGGGGGCCCCCACCGCCUUGUCUUCAUUCCCAGUAGGGGGCAUACUAGGCCUCGCUCUCAUCCCAGAGGAACCUGGGCCUCCAAUGGGCCUUCUCAGCCCUCUGAGGACAGUGCCCCCCACCCCCAGCCCCUUGAGGUAGGCUAUGCCCCUCACCCCAGCUGGUCUGCUUGGAUUUAAUACAGCCCCCGGGCAUAGACCACCUUUGUUUUAUAUAAAAUUAAAAACAUGUUUUUACAAAAGAUUGUCA